AUAAUACAUCUAUUCGUAUGAAUAACACCGUUGGCAUGUUUUGCUUGUUUACGUAUACGUAAAGUAGGUUUCCGUAGGACAGACAUAUACAUAUAUAAUAUCUAUGUAGCUACUAUAUAAAUAUAACACACAUUGUGUCCGACGUCGACGAGAUCGAGCCUAGCCUCACCCACUGCACCCUUUCUCUCUUUCUUUCCAGAGUCUCUCUCUCUCUCUCUCUCUCUCUCUCUCACUCUUUCUCUCCGAUAAAUUAUCAAAGCGUGAACCGCCGUCAGUCUUUUUGUCAACUCUAUGCAUAUUUAUAAACUCUCUUUCUCUCUCCACCGAAGCUUUUUUAUCACGCUCUACUCGUCCGUGAAUUUUCAACGCCGCCAACGACUGUGUGUAUGUGUGUGUGAACGUCGUAAACUCGAUCGCGAAUUUGCAAUAUUUUCAGACACUAUCCAUAGCAUAGAGCCACGAACUCGUAAAGCAGCGGCGGCGCAGCGAGUGAAGGGGGACGCGGGCAAAAAGCAGACUGUAAAAUAACGAAGGAAGGAGGUCUGUGAGAGAGAGAGAGAGAGAGAGAGAGAGAGAGAGAGAGAGAGAGAGAGAGAGAGAGAGAGAGAGAGAGAGAGAGAGAAAACGGAACGCGCCCAGAGUUGUAGAAGAAAGGAAGGAGGAGAAAAAAGGAAAGGCGCGGGCGAAGGAGAUAAAAAGAAAGGAGAGAGAAAGGAGGAUGGCAGUGGGAGGACUAAGAGAGGUCUCGAAAGAUCGUAACCAAGCGUGUAAAGAAGGGCGAGUAGAUAGUCUAGGCUUCUCUUCUGUUCCUCAUUUUUUUUGUGUUGUCGUGCCCGUUUCUCUUCACCGGCUCAUUUUUUUUAUUAUAAAUAUCAGAUAUUACACUCUGUUCGUUAUAUAGAUAUACACACACGCAGACGUUAUGAUUUUGGUUGUAUUAUUGCAGCGUAAUUAACGUUAUCGUGGUUACAUACUAUAACAUAGUUAGUGAGAUUAUUAUAUACUUUUGGAGAAGACGUUGGAAAGUUGUAGCUUUGUUGUUGCUCUCUCUUUCUCUCUCUUUGUUAUCAUUCCUCUAUUUUUUUGUAUCCUCUAAACUACUCUUAUUACUUUUGUUUUGUACACACUUACUUACUUACUCCUCUAUUAUAACUAUACUACUUUUGUUUCUGGCAUAUAUAUCUAGAUUAUCAUAACUUUCUUAAUAACCAGAGGUCGUAAUACACAGUCUCUAUAUAUAUAUAUUAUCUCUAUAUCUCACAGUGUAUAUAUGUAUAAACGGUAUUUGAUAUAUUUUUAAACUUUGUCGUAUCGUUAGAUUUGAUUUAUAUAUUUAUAUUAAAUUAGUAAACAGUUUGAGAAAAAGUAAUUAACACUUUUUGUACACAUAUUGGCAUUGCACGAUGACGAUGAUUAAUCAUAAUAAUAAAAAGCAAAACAAAAUUUCUUUUCUAUUCCUCUCUCUUUUGUUUGUUGACGUAAUUUAACAGCAUCUCUCAGAACAAUUAACGACCGUAUUAAUUUUUUUGUGCCAGUAUUUAACGUAUACAUAGUUGAGGUUGAAAAAAAAAGAACAAAGCACAUUCUCUCAUAGAGCACACACCCACACAGAAACACACGAACUUUCAGUUUUUUAAUUUCCCAACAGUUUUUUGUUUUUUGUUUACUUUCAAUCUCUAUCUUGAGUUUUUGUUGUGUUCCAUUUAACGAUCUCCGUAGGGUCUCAAGGAUCACGAGGGCCUAUUGUCGAAUAGCGUCCACGUUGUUAGAGAGGGAACUAAACUGCUGCAGCGGUGGCGGUGGCGGCGGUAUCGGCGAAAAAUAAUAAGCUUAUUCGCAGAGAGCAAAAGAGCUACAAUGACCGCACACCAGCCACAAUGAUUUUAUAAGCAACGAAAACUCUCUUAAAAUGAAUCAGCCCGACCGAGCGACGCCUCGUAUAAGUUGCGCUCAACUUAUACUCGCAUCCCACUACCGGCUCUCGCUCACACACACAGCGCAGUGCCGGCAUGGAGGCAGCGGCAGCAGCAGCAGCGGCGGCGGCGGCGGCCGCGGCCGCGGCGAACGGCAGCGCGAUCGAGCACGACUUCCACAACGCGCUAGUGCCGAUCAACGGCAGCCACUCGAGCAGCUCCGGCAGGAGUACACCCAACGGGGGCGACCCCGCGCCGGGUAAGCUCUUCGUCGGCGGCCUCUCAUGGCAGACCAGCAGCGAGAAGCUCAGGGAGUACUUCGGCAUGUUCGGCACCGUCACCGACGUCCUCAUCAUGAAGGACCCCGUCACGCAGCGGAGUCGGGGCUUCGGCUUCAUCACGUUCGCCGAGCCCGGCAGCGUCGACAAGGUCCUCAAGUGCCCGAUCCACACGCUCGACGGCAAGAAGAUCGACCCGAAGCACGCGACCCCGAAGAACCGGGCCAAGCAGGCGAACCGCACGAAGAAGAUCUUCGUCGGGGGCGUCAGCCAGGACACGAGCAGCGAGGAGGUCAAAGCCUACUUCAACCAGUUCGGCAAGGUCGAAGAGACGGUCAUGCUGAUGGACCAGCAAACCAAGCGGCACCGGGGCUUCGGCUUCGUCACCUUCGAGAACGAGGACGUCGUCGACCGGGUCUGCGAGAUCCACUUCCACACGAUCAAGAACAAGAAGGUCGAGUGCAAGAAGGCCCAGCCCAAGGAGGCCGUGCAGCCUGGUGCCCUGGCCCUCGGUAAGCGCGUCGUCCUCGGCGCCCUGGGCGUCAGGCUUGCGCCCCAGCCGGCGAUGCCCGUCUCGGGCGCCGCCGUCGCCUCGCAACUCGUCGCCCAGGCCCAGGCCCAGGCGCAGGUCCAGGCCGCGGCUGCGGCGGCCGCCGCCGCGCAGGUGCAGAACGCGGUCGCGGGCUACGGGAAGCUCUUCGCUGCGGGCGGCUACCCGGCCUCGGCGCUCUCGGCUUACCGGUACGCGCCCUACCCGAUCCCGGCCUCGGCCGCGGCCGCGGCGGCGGCGGUCGCGGCUGCCGCCGCAGCUACGCCCGGAGCCGGUCAGAUGCCCCAGAAUCCCGCGGCGCCCCAGGCCCCGGGACAGCCCCAGGCGAGCUCGCCCGCCGCCGCGGGGGUCGCCCCGCCCAACCCCUACCAGGGAUACUCCCUCACCAACGUCGACAUGUCGAGCUUCCAGGGCGUCGACUGGGGUUCCAUGUACGGCAUGGGCAUGUACGUCUAAAUCGCCGCUGCCAAUCGACUCGUCGACCGGACACGAUCAACUAUAUAUUAUACAACUCUAUACUAUAUAUACAUAUACAACUAAUGGCGGCCGAGAGAAAGAGCGAGAGCGAGCGAGAGAGAGAGAGAGAGAGAGAGAGAGAGAGAGAGAGAGAGAGAGAGAGAGAGAGAGAGAGAGAGUGAGCGAGAGGACCAAAAGUCAAGACACGACCCCCAUUUCCCUGUUCUCCUGGCGGCGACGGCGGGCUGCUGCUGCUUUUGACUGCGCGGCUGCGCUACUUCCGAGACGGCGAGCCGCGUUUUAUUCGAGACGGUGCAGGAGCUUUCUCGGCUUUUUUUAGACGAAAUUUCGGAGUAAAAAAACAAACAAACAAAAAAAUUAAACGCGACGCGCGCCUCGGCGACUCGGAAGGAUCUGUGAGAGGGAAGACUGCGUCCUUGUUUACUUAAAAAGAUAAAAUGAAAGAAAAAAAAUAAUAACGAGAAACGUACUUAACGCCGACGGCACGCCGGUGAGAAGCUCGCGCGAGCGCACUUCCGUUGCAAAGCUGAAACUCUACGGACCCGAACAAUAAUAAUAUUAGCGAUAAGGAUAAUGAUCUAGGUGUAUAAGCGCGGUUGUGUAACGCUGGAGGCUUUCAGAUUUGCGACGAUUCCCUCGCGAGUUUCGCGCCGAGAGGACACGGAGGAUUUAUCCGAAAAGACUGGCUUCGUUCGUAAAAUUACCGCCGCCGCCGCUGUCCGAGAAUAAGAACAGCCCCCUACUUGUCUUUCCUUUCUCUUCCCCGAGACGACAAGUCUCUCUCGUCGUCGAAACUCACAUCACGAGAAACACACUCACGUAUAGAGCAACGCGCUAGGCUGUUCCAAUAUUCCUACGAUUCUCUCUGUGCACAGAGAGGGAGACCCAUCUUACUACUCUCUUCCUGUACACUCUGUACUUUUAUUUAUUACUACUGAUAUUAAGUACUGAUAUUAUUAUCGAUUAAUUAAUUAAAGCUAUCAUCGUCAUUUAGAAGUAUUAUUAGUAGUAUUAUCAUUAGGUAUCUCGGCACAGCGCGAUGUGUCGAAGACUCGAUUUUCUCGCGACCCCACCUUUUGCCCUUUCGUUUGUACACCGUGAAAUGUUUUGGCUUCUCCCCCACCCGAGAAUAGCGCGCGUCUAAGACCGAGAGAGGGAGAAAACGACGAACGUGUGCAUAUCGGCAAAAGUACUCACUCAAUUAUGUAAUUAUAUUUACAAAAGAAAAACAAAUAACAAAUGAAUUCGGCUUUUAUAACUUCCUCUCUCUGGCGAGACUUAAUCAGAGACGCGAACAAGAGAUCGCGCGCGACGGAGCGAGGCUUUACAUACUUAUUAUAUUUACUUAUACACUUACGUUUCGUUUUUACACUUACUCGAUUCGAGCUCUAUAUCUUUUAAUGGCGCAUAUAUAGCGGGACGCAUCCCGGGAAUCGAGUGUAGAGUAUGUAAACUUUAAACUUAAUGCAGUUAUAACGUUUAAGCAGACAGUAGUGGAAUGAGAAAAAGCUAGUUAUAGUAUAACGAAACCAUAUACUUAAUCAAGCCGACUUUUUGAUGAUAUACAUACAUUACGUUUUAAUCGAUCUGCAGUUGCGAGAUCUAGGAUAUUCUGUAGUUAUUAUAUGCGCAUAUAAUGCCGUCACACUUCCGAGCGUCCGAAACCACUUUUACCGCUGUGUACAACUACUUACUUACUCUUACUUACUUACCUAUUUUACUUAGCUACUUUUUUUGGUCUUUCACACGAUUUUUUGUAAGAGUAUUUUUUGAGACCUUUUUUGUGAAUUUAGUAAUUUAAUAUCUUUUUUACACCUUGGAAACUUCACUAAUUAAUAAUAAUAAUUGUUUUUUCCUUUAUUUGUCUAUGUUUCAUAGCACUGUGUAGUUUGAAAUCUAACCAUUAUAGUAUUAGUAGGAUCUUCGGAUCUUAGUUACGAGACGCAUGUCGGUUAUUAAAUGAAUUGUACAUUCAUUACCUUAACAUCACUGUCACUAUCAUAGUCAUUGGAGAACUAGAUUAAUCGUGAUUUUUUUUCCUUUUACGCCUAUUAUUACUAUUGUUGUUAUAUACGAUUAUCUCAAUACUCAUUAUUUACAAUACGAUGAUGAUAAUUUCUCUGAACUCUCACCUUUCUUACACAUGAGAUUAGUAUUAUACAUACGAGCUACAUUUUUCAAUGAAAUAAAGAAUAAAAAAAGAUAACAGUACUCAGAUUUGACCGAGUCGUUUGUUUACAAAGUUGUGAUUAUAUCGUAGAUUGUAACUUAUACAAUAGUGUGCGAGCAGAGUAUAUCCGAUCGAUGGCUCGACACGCGAGAACGAGAAGCAAACGAGAACAAUAAAUAAAUAAAACAAGAUAUGAAACAGUAAUAAUGGGUUAGCAGAAGCACCACUCUAAAUGAGCGUUCCUCACACUAUUUUGUAUAAUUGAAUAUACUAAUGCCAUUUACUACUGUUCUCGCUAACCACUUUACAUGCUGCUACUGCUGCCAUUAUUGUUGUAGUCGAGAAUUGUUGUAAAGACUUCACUUUUUACUAUUACCGCUCUUAGACGUCAUAUCAUUGUCAGUUUAGCUCGACUAUCCAUACGUGUAUACCGCGGCAUCUCUCUCUCUCAUCCAUUAUAUCGUCAUCAUCAGUUUAACCCCAUUCAUCAUCACACGCACUCACACACAUACAAAUGUGCAUCAUCCAUCAUUAGCGCUAUAGAAUCGGUAUAAAGAGAGAACCGACAGAUAAAAGCUUGGGUGUGAGAAAGGGAGAAAGAGAAAAUAAAAAAAUACAAAUAAUAAUGAUAACGAUAAUGAAUAAUAAUUAUACAUAACGAUAAAUAAAUGCGCCGCUUUAAGGUGGAAAUUAACUUUUAAUAAUGAAAUAAAAAAAAUCUUACACACACACACACACACACUAACACAAACGCGGGGUUCGCAGUUAUUUGGUCGGCCCCGUGCGUGUGGUAUCAAGAUGACGAUGCGCGUAAGAGGUGUAUACGAUGUGUGUGUGUGUGCUAUUUGAGCGUAAAAUAUAGAGCGGAGCUCGACUCGUUAAUAAUAAUCAUAAUAAUAAUAAUCAUAAUAAUAAUAAUAAUAAUAACAAUAACAAUAAUAAUGGGAUGUUUGUUCCUUCCUUUUUGGCUGAAAAGUCGAUUGUGACGACUCGAGCUUUUUUGUGUCGAGAGCCGUCGUUUAUAUUAUUAUCAUUAUACACCUACAUGCUGUCUUAUGUAUGUGUAUAAAGUUGUGGAUAAAAAAAGAAACAACAACUACAAGUGCAUGCAUUUUUCUGUAUAUUUUCGACUCUUCCGUAAUCUAGCUUCCGAAAGCAAUAAUCAAUAGUAGUAAUAAUUAGUAGAUAAAUUAGUGGACAAAGCUGAAAAAAAGAAAUUGAGAAAGAAACUGAAACCGAUGUUUGGAGAGAAGUUUUUAAAGGCAAAUGAGACGGACGAGAGUAAAGGAUAUGGCUGUUGGCAGGAGAUAAUUUUGUAGAGAAAUCGAAUGUCGAGUUGCGCGCAUGUAUGUAGCCUCCUGUGGAACGUAUGGAUGGAGAUUAUGACUCACUCACUUACAAGCAAGUCAAAGUCAAGUCAAAGCAAUCACUCACUAACACCGAUACGAAAAAAAACGUAAUUUAGUUUAGUCGACAUGCCUAGAUAAAUUGCCAAUAAAGUAGUUUAAAAACUUGUAGCUAA